AUGGGGAAGCGAAGCGCGCAGUGCAAGUUCCCCGUGGCGAGGAUCAAGAAGAUUAUGCAGGCCGACGAAGACGUGGGCAAGGUGGCCCAGGCCACUCCGGUCCUCAUCUCCAAAGCACUCGAGCUCUUCAUGGCCAGCAUCGUCGAGGAGACGGCAAAGGAGGCAAAGAGCCGAGGCGCAAAGAAGAUGUCCGUCUACCAUGUCAAGAGGACGGUGCACACCAACGACACGUUUGAUUUCCUCAAGGACAUCGUGGCCAAGGUGGCUGACCCCGUCGAGAAUGCCGAUGGUGCCGGCGAGGCGAGGGGCGCCAAGCGUCGCAAGACGACCAAGGGUGACGACUCCGAGUGA